AUGACCACCAUCCCAGAGAUGCAGUGGGCCCAGGUUGUGGAGGAGAAGGGCGGACACCCGGUCUACAAGCAGAUCCCCGUUGGUAAGCCCGGUCCGGAUGAGAUCCUCGUCAAGAUCCGAUACACGGGUGUCUGCCAUACCGACCUGCACGCCAUGAAGGGUGAUUGGCCUCUCCCCGUGAAGCUCCCCCUGGUGGGCGGCCACGAAGGAGCCGGUGUGGUCGUCGCCAAGGGAGAACUGGUCACUGGAUUCGAGAUUGGCGACCAUGCCGGCAUCAAAUGGCUGAACGGUUCUUGUCUCUCUUGCGAGUUCUGCAAGCAGGCAGACGACCCUCUGUGCCCCCACGCCUUGCUGUCCGGCUACACCGUCGACGGCACCUUCCAGCAGUACGCCGUUGCGAAGGCAAGCCACGCGUCCAACAUCCCCAAGCAGGUCCCUCUGGAUGCCGUCGCCCCGAUCCUCUGCGCCGGUAUCACCGUCUACAAGGGAUUGAAGGAGUCCGGUGCCCGUCCUGGCCAGACCGUCGCCAUUGUCGGCGCAGGCGGUGGUCUGGGAUCACUGGCUCUGCAGUACGCUAAGGCCAUGGGACUUCGCACCAUCGCCAUCGACGGGGGAGAAGAAAAGAAAGCCAUGUGUCAGAAGCUCGGAUCCGAGGCCUACAUCGACUUCAAAACCUCCAGCGACGUCGUCGCGGACGUCAAGGCAGCCACCCCGGAAGGUCUGGGCGCCCAUGCCGUGAUCCUCCUCGCCGUCGCCGAGAAACCUUUCCAGCAGGCCACUGAGUACGUUCGCUCUCGGGGCACCGUCGUGGCCAUCGGCAUGCCCGCUGGCGCGUACCUGCGCUCCCCAGUCUUCAACACCGUGGUCCGUAUGAUCAACAUCAAGGGAAGCUACGUCGGCAACCGGCAGGAUGGUGUGGAGGCGGUUGACUUCUUUGCCCGAGGGUUGAUCAAUGCCCCCUUCAAGAUGGCCCCGUUGAAGGAUUUGCCCCAAAUCUUCGAGCUGAUGGAACAAGGCCAGAUCGCCGGUCGAUAUGUCCUUGAGGUUCCUCAGUAA